AUGGAACAGAAGCCCCUGAGCUUCCACAGAGCAAGCACCACAUGUCGCGGCAGGAGGCAAAGAGAAGAGACAGAAUGGGAUCCGGCCCGCGAGCAGAGGCUCUUGCGCAAGAUGGACCUGCAUCUCAUGCCCAUGCUGACUCUUCUCUAUCUGUUCUGCUUUCUCGACCGGGGUAACAUUGGCAAUGCCAGGAUCGAAGGCAUGGAGGAGGACCUUCACCUAGUUGGUGCACAGUAUAACUGGGCGCUUACCGUGUUUUUCUUCACGUAUGCUGUGUUUGAGCUUCCGUCUAAUCUGAUCUUGAAAAAGAUCCGCCCAUCGAUAUGGAUACCAACGAUUAUGGUCGCCUGGGGAGUUGUCAUGACUUUGACGGGCGUGGUUUCAAGCUACUCUGGGCUUCUCAUUGCGCGGCUUUUUCUCGGCAUCACAGAAGCGGGUCUUUACCCUGGAGUAGCCUACUACAUCACGAUGUGGUACUCGCGUCAUGAGGCGCAGUUGCGACAGGCCAUGUUCUUCAGCGCAGCAAGUUUCGCGGGUGCUUUCUCAGGAAUUCUGGCAUUUGCGAUCGGAAAAAUGGAUGGGCUGAGUGGCUACUCUGGUUGGCGAUGGAUCUUUAUCAUCGAGGGUAUCGCCACGGUUGUCGUUGCGAUUGGGGCCUACUUCCUUCUCUAUGACUACCCGGAUACUGCGUCGUUUCUCACGGACGAUGAGAGGGCGUGGGUUCUGCAUCGCCUGCAGUUGCAGUGGUCGGACAACGGCAACGUCGUUCCAGACACCAUCGAGUUCAGGUGGAAGUAUGUUUGGGAUGCGGUGAGCGAUUGGCAGGUCUAUCUGGGGACUCUCAUCUACCUGGCGAUGGUGUGCCCUUUGUACGGCAUUUCCUUCUUCCUUCCCACGAUUAUCAAAGACCUCGGCUUCACAUCUUCGACUGCACAACUGCUGACGGUUCCUCCGUACGUCGCCGCUGCCGUCGCAGCUGUCGUAUCCGCCUGGUUUUCCGACCGCAUGGGGCAGCGCUCCCCGCUCUUACUGUUCCAUAUCUCCUGCAUCGUAUGUGGGUUCCUCGUGUGUCUAGCUGGAUCUUUGACUUGGGUGCCGGGUGUGAUCUACUUUGGAGUAUUUCUUGCAGUCCUCGGUAUUCUCUACCCUGCAAUCCCAGGGCUUGUCACCUGGCUCAGCACCAACCUCGCUGCCAGUCAUAAACGUGCCGCAGGAAUGGCCAUGUACAUUGGCAUCGGUAAUUUCGCGGGAGCAAUAUCAUCGCACUUCUACCGUAAACAAAAUGCUCCGCGAUACAUCCUCGGACACUCCCUCGAGCUGGGGUUCGCUCUGAUGGGCGUGAUCUGUGUGGUAUGUAUGAGAGUGGCGUAUCAGCGCAUCAAUGCGCGACGGGUGGAUAAAUUAGUAGAGUUGAGACCGGACUAUACGGUUGACGAGUUGAGGGCAAUGGGUGACAAAUCGCCGACGUUUCGGUAUACGUUCUAG